AUCUAAGCCAUCGUCUAAUUAGCAUUACGAAUAUAAAUAUAUAAAAGAUGAAUUUCUCCAUGAUAUCUACUAUAAUAUAAUAAUGAGCACAGUUAUGCCGGAUUCCUUUCACCCAUCAGAAUCAUUUCAAUUAAGAGUGCCCUCCAUAGCACACGUUCGAAGAAUACGUUCAAAUUCCGUACAGCAUCGUAAUAGUUCUUCAAUAUCCAGCGAUGAAGAAUUUACUAGGCUCAAUGAGGAAAUGUUCCGCCUAGAUGCACCUUAUGGCGAAGAUGCUCGUGACCCUAGACACGAACACGGAGAGACUAAUUACAUCAACAUGCUACUUCAAUUUGAUAGUAUAACCGAAAAAAACUUAUAACAUUCUAGCCGGCCUUUUUACCUGGCUACUGCUCGCUGGAUAUAUGGUAUUACCGGCUACAUUCACAUCACUUCAGAAUUCUCGCACCGUUGCAUCGGAAGUAAGCAAAGCUGGGAAGCUAAUUCUAAAAACAUAUCAAAAUCUGCCAUUAUUAUGGAUAGCUGCAAUCUUCUGCGCUAUUGGAGCAUCUGGUAUGAGCUGGCUGUGGUGGAUGUGGAAGAGGAACUAUAUAUGGAUUUUGAAUCGAACCAUUUUGUAAGUAAUUCUCACCUUCACAAAAGUAUAGCAGUAUCUUUGCUGAUAUGUGACUCAUACCAGGCUUUCUUCACUCCAUUACUGGACUCCUUACAACAAUUAUAAAUAUAUAUGCGGCUCGAAGUGGAGCUUGGUCGGUUACAGCGAUUAUUACUAUUACUGUAACAGGAUGCUGUACAGUAUUUCUAUUAAAAUCAUUUCUGAUUUAUAACUUUUGGUUACUACAGAAUGUUAAGAAGGAACAUAAGAAAAAGAUUCUUGAGGUUAAAUAGGCUUCGCACUAUAAGGAGUGCUCUAUAAAAGAAGAUGGUAGAGAGGCUUUUUAGCUGA